UGCGUGCGAGAGGCGCUCGCUCACUCGGAGACUCACAACAGCGAGGUGGAGCUGGGGAUGGAUCGGCUGCAGGAGCGUUACUUAACUCAGCACCUCCACACUCUCGCCUACAGGAGCAGGAAAUUCCCCGGCAGAUAAAGCCCGAAAGGAGCGUCGCGCGCGUCCUGCGGUGAGCCACCUAUAUGAGGAGGACAGAGAGGUCUGAGGCGGAUCAGUCCGGGCUCGAUAUCAGGACGGGUAUUGGAGGAGCACAAAGCCGGCGGAGUGACUCUGGAGCGGGCGCGAUCAGCCCAGCCCCCCACACACAUACACACUCACAACCGGCCUGCUGCUCUUAGCCUGUUGCUGCUGCUGUGAGUGUGUGUGUGGUUUCACCGUGGCGGGCCCUCUCUUAUCGUACAUAUCUUAGCGACACACACGUCUGUAAGAGUUUAGAGUUGUUUCGUCUUUCUUCAGAAGCUGCCUGCUGUAUUUCCUAGCGCUCGUCGGACUACCAUAGCGCUCUGCAGCUGGCUAAUCAGUUAGCUGUAGCAUUCCGUCGUGUGUUCAACAGCCUCACGGGAACUAUGUAGUUUGCUCAUUACAUAUCAUUUUGUUAUUUACAAGAUGAGACAUGUUUGAUAAAAGGGCGCGCGACGUGAACCGACGAGUUUGUGAUAUUUAAACCGCGCAUUUUAUACAUGUUAACGGCUAAGCGGAGUCACUAAACGUCGAUCUGUGCGACAUAAUCUCGUUUAACGUUAAUUCUGCUGCAGACUGUUGUACAACACGUAAAAUGCAAGUGUCGUUGAUUUCAUUCCGCUGGUGUUGAGCCAAACUGUGAAUCUGCUAAGAAUGAGGAGAUACUGAAUGAGAAGCCCUCGUUUACUCUGACUGGACUGGUCAUCUGGAUGUCUCCUGCCGUCGGUGGAUUUGGUGGACACUUGCAGGAUAAUCGUUCGCACGGGGGGUUUGAUUGGACUGCUUUUGGUGGAUAAAUUCCGCUGCUCCACCAGCCCGAAUCUCCAUCGUUUGGUUGCCUGAGUGAGUCCCCGAUGCGGCGGGGAUAAGCGCGCCCGGGACAUGCUGAAGUGUAUCCCGCUGUGGCGGUGCAACCGUCACGUCGAGUCUGUGGACAAACGGCACUGUUCGCUUACUGCGGUGCCCGAUGAGAUCUACCGCUACAACCGCAGUCUGGAGGAGCUGCUCCUGGACGCCAACCAGCUGAGAGAGCUGCCUAAGCCUUUCUUCAGACUGCACAAUUUGCGAAAGCUGGGCCUCAGUGACAAUGAGAUUCAAAAAUUACCACCAGACGUUGCCAACUUCACGCAGCUAGUGGAGCUUGACAUCUCUCGAAAUGAUAUUUCAGAGAUUCCUGAAAAUAUAAAAUUCUGCCAGUCUUUGGAGAUUGCAGACUUCAGCGGAAACCCCUUGACCAGGUUGCCUGAUGGCUUCACGCAGCUCCGAGGACUGGCUCACCUAUCACUCAAUGACGUGUCACUGCAGUCUCUACCCAAUGACAUAGGAAACUUGUCAAACCUGGUGACUCUAGAGCUGAGGGAGAAUCUACUGAAAUCUUUGCCCUCCUCUCUUUCCUUCCUGGUAAAACUGGAACAGCUGGAUCUGGGCAGCAAUGUACUGGAAGUUUUGCCUGACACACUUGGGGCACUGCCCAAUCUUCGUGAGCUGUGGUUGGACAGAAACCAGCUCUCCUCACUACCUCCUGAGCUGGGAAACCUGCGGCAGCUGGUUUGCUUGGACGUGUCAGAGAACCGUCUAUCAGAGCUUCCCACAGAGAUCAGCGGCCUUAUCGCCCUCACGGACCUGCUGCUCUCAGAAAACCUCCUGGAGAUCUUGCCCGACAGCAUCGGCUCACUUAAGAAGUUGUCUAUUAUGAAAGUGAACCAGAACCGCCUUGUCCAUCUGACUGACUCUAUUGGCGAGUGUGAGAACCUGACAGAGCUCAUGUUGACCGAGAACCUUCUGCAGUCUCUUCCUCGCUCACUUGGGAAGCUGAAGAAGUUGACCAACUUGAAUGUGGACCGAAACCGUUUGAGCAGCGUGCCUGCAGAGCUGGGAGGAUGUGUUGGCCUGAAUGUGCUCUCUCUCAGAGAUAACCGUUUGGGAAAAGUACCUCCUGAGCUCGCCGAUGCCACUGAACUACAUGUGCUAGAUGUGGCAGGCAACAGGUUGCAGAACUUGCCUUUUGCUUUAGCCAAUCUGAACCUGAAGGCAAUGUGGCUGGCAGAGAACCAGUCUCAACCCAUGCUCAAGUUCCAGACAGAGGAUGAUGAACAGACUGGGGAGAAAGUUCUCACCUGCUACCUGCUGCCCCAACAACCCUCAUCCAGCCUCGAGAAUCUGCUGGAGAGGAGUGUUGAUGAAGCCUGGCCCACAGACACUAAUUUGAACAGAGUAUCAGUUAUUCAGUUCCGGGACGACUCCAAACAUGAAGAGGAAGAUGAUGAGACUGCGGCAGACAGGAGGCAGGGUCUUCAGAGGAGAGCCACACCACACCCUAGUGAGUUAAAGGUGAUGAAGAAUGUCAUUGAAGCAAGAAGAAAUGAGGCUUAUACAGCCAGACCAGAUGAGGAUCUGGAGUCUCCGGAUACUGAGGAGAAACGGUUGAGUGGUCUGUCCAAUCAGAGUCAUGAUUCCCAGGCAUCAAGUAGCACCACCUCAGCCACUUCCCAUGAGGACAAGCAGGGUAUAAACAGUACAGGGGUGGAGCUUAAUGAUGGACAGGUCCAAGAAGAGGAGGAUCUGGAUGAGAUGGAGGUGGAGUAUACUGAGCCUACUGUGCACUUUGCCGAAGAGCCCAUCAUCCGUGGUGGUGAUGAGGAGGACGAAUAUGAAAAUGACGAUGAUGUCGCUGAAAGGAGUGACGAGGAGUCUCAGACGCCACCUUUUCCCGCCGAGAAACAGCGGCUCAUACGUAAAGACACACCACACUACAAAAAGCACUUCAAGAUCACCAAGCUGCCCAAACCCGAGACAGUCGCCGCCCUGCUGCAAGGCUUCAGUCAUGAUGGCCUGUCACCUACUGCUCACACCCCUGAUGACGAGAGGGAUGGUGAGGAGAACGAGGAGGAGGAAGAGGAUGAAGACGAGGAGGACGAUCUCCAUACUCCUUUCCAGCACAGACUGGAUGCAGCAGAGCUAGAAGACAUCAGAAUGAGUCAGAUGAACUCGUCCCUGCAGCCAGUGAAGGGGGUGUCAUUUGAUCAAGUCAAUAAUCUGCUGAUUGAACCUGCUCGAAUUGAGGAGGAAGAGCUGACCUUGAGCAUCCUGAGGCAGACUGGUGGAUUAGGCAUCAGCAUAGCAGGAGGGAAGGGAUCUACUCCCUAUAAAGGUGACGAUGAGGGUAUUUUCAUCUCUAGGGUGUCAGAAGAAGGCCCUGCGGCUCGUGCUGGUGUCAAAGUUGGAGACAAACUUCUCGAGGUGAACGGAGUAGACCUGCACGGAGCAGAGCAUCAUACAGCUGUCGAAGCUUUGCGCAAUUCAGGAGCAGCCGUGGUCAUGACUGUUCUGCGGGAGCGCAUGGUGGAACCAGAGAACGCCAUCACCACCACACCUCUGCGGCCAGAAGAUGAUUAUUUCCCCCGGGAGAGACGCUCCAGUGGGCUACCUUUCCUCCUAGACCCUGACUCUCCUGCUGUUAGCACUGGACCCGCGCAGCGACUAGCCACUUGUCUGAUCCGCAAUGAUAAAGGCUUAGGCUUCAGCAUUGCUGGAGGGAAAGGCUCAACGCUGUACAGAGUCGGAGACACGGGCAUCUUCAUCUCUCGUAUUGCUGAAGGAGGAGCAGCUCACAGAGACAACAUUCUGCAAGUGGGAGACAGGGUCAUAUCAAUCAAUGGUGUAGACAUGACAGAGGCCAGGCAUGACCAGGCAGUAGCGCUGCUUACCGGCACCUCCCCCACCAUCACCCUGGUGGUGGAUCGGGAACAGAGCAGUGUAGGGGGUGCGUCCCCUCGAACCCGACCACAUUCGCCCCCUCCUCCAGAGCCAUCUGACUCCCCUGAACAAGAGGAUGGUGGAGACGAGCACCUUGGAAACCAUCUCAACUGCCCCAUGGAAGAUGAGUACCCUAUUGAGGAAGUGACGCUGAUCAAAGCAGGUGGACCCCUGGGUUUGAGCAUUGUGGGGGGCAGCGACCAUGCCAGCCAUCCAUUUGGAAUUAAUGAGCCUGGGGUGUUCAUCUCAAAGGUCAUCCCCAAUGGCCUGGCCUCUCAGAGUGGACUUCGCGUGGGCGAUCGUAUCUUGGAGGUGAACAGCAUCGACCUGCGUCAUGCCACACAUCAGGAGGCUGUUAGAGCCUUGCUUUCCAACAAACAGGAGAUCCGUAUGCUUGUGCGCAGAGAUCCCUCGCCCCCUGGCAUGCAGGAGAUUGUCAUUCACAAGCAACCUGGAGAAAAGCUGGGCAUAAGCAUUAGAGGCGGAGCUAAAGGUCAUGCAGGAAACCCUUUUGACCCCACAGAUGAGGGCAUCUUCAUUUCCAAGGUGAGCUCCAAUGGUGCUGCUGCACGAGAUGGCCGACUGCGGGUGGGUAUGCGUAUUCUUGAGGUGGGCAACAACAGUCUGCUGGGUAUGACACAUACCGAAGCAGUGAGGGUCUUGCGUGCUUCUGGAGAUUCCCUGGUCAUGCUUAUUUGUGAUGGCUUUGACCCAAGAAGUGCUUCAACCAUAGAGGCAUCUCCUGGUGUUAUUGCGAACCCGUUUGCGGCAGGUAUUGUUCGUAAAAACAGUAUGGAAAGCAUCUCAUCAGUAGACAGAGACCUGAGUCCAGAAGAGAUUGACAUCAUGCAGAAGGAGGUAGAAAUGGUAAGAGAGACGUCCCAGUGGGAACGAGAGGAGAUGGAAAAAGUGGAGCGCAUGCGCUUGGAGCGUGAGGAGGCAACUCGCUUGCUGGAGGAGGAAACUGAGAGUUUGAGCACUGGACCACUGAAACUGGACUACAAGACAUUGGCGGCUCUGCCUACAACUAGUCUACAGAAAGUUAAUAGAUUUUCUCCCUCCUUUGCCACAUUUGCCAAAAUGGAGGCUGCCAUGCCGGCUGGCACUGUAGACCCCCUCGGUUUUGAGAAAGUCCAUGCUUCUGUGUACCAUGUAGAACCUGUUGCCCUCCCUUCAUCUCCAAUCUGCCCAGCCGCAAGUUCAGCGGCUUCAAAACAGCCCCAAUCUGACACACGGGACCUCGUCCCAGAUCUAGGAUUGGCUCAGGAGGAGGAGGAAUGUCUUGUGGACUCCCAACCAAUGUGCUUUAGUGAAAACCCAUUCCUUGUGGCUAACCGUAAGGGCAAAGGCUGCCCACCAGAAGAGCGAAUUUUAUCAGGGCCACCUGUGGGUUACGGCAGACAUGGGCAGCUGCAGCCCUGGUUGUACAGCAAGGCUUCACCAUCUGAGCCUUUCAGGAUUGACAGUCCUGUCCGAGAUGCUGCGCACUCUCCACACAACUCACAGCAGUCUCACAAAUCUUCCUCUGCGAUGCUUGGAAGAGAGGUUCGAUAUUCAAACAUUCAUUUCCCUUCAAAUGCAAACACCAAGGAUAAUGCAUCAACUAAACCUGGUGCCAUCCAGCCUCUCUCUCGGGUCCGACCCGCUGUGUCUCCAGCCAGUCAGGAUGGCCACAGCAGUCCAAACCCUUUCCAGCAUGGCCUGUCUCCCAUCAACUCUCCUCGUGCCCCAUCCCCUGACACACAUGAGGAAUACCCUAUCAAUAUCAAGCAGGUUUAUAAGGCCUUCGCUGCUGUGCCACACUCCCUGGCAGUACUGGAACCCCCUCAGGAUCUUUAUUCUCCACGGAACAAUGUCAGUGCAAAACAGCCAUCACCUGAGUUUCAGCCUGAGCUGAAUAAUGAAGUGUUUAUGGAUGAGUGUGAUGGUGAGGGCAGUGGUCCUCGUCCCUCCCUCUUAUCUGACCGCACCGAGUACAGAAGCCUGGCAGCUGUGCCACGCCUGUCUCGCCCCUCAGUGGAGCCAAAGACUCCUUCACCUCUGGGCAGGCACAGUCCAGAACAGCGCUCCUUCAGAGACAGACAGAAGUAUUUCGAGAUCGAUGUGAAGCAACAGACGCCAGACAAACCCAAACCUCGCAUCUCACUGGUGGGAGAAGAUGACCUGAAGAAAAUGAAGGAGGAAGAAGCAAAGCGAAUUGAACAGAGGGCACGAGAGUACAUGUUGGAUGAAGAUGAGGAGGAGGAAGAAGAGGAUCUGGCCAAACAAGUGGCACAUAUGAAGGCUCAUGGAAAGGUUGUUCUUGAUGGUGUGGAGUACAAGGUGGAGAGCUUGGGUUCCCCGACUUCACGGCAGUGUGCCACACCACCAAACUAUAAUGCCACACCACCCAGCUACUGCGGAAGCUCAGGUCCUUCCUCUAUUGAUGGUAAAGGAGACUCCCAGCGGAAUUCAGUGGAAGACAGUUUCAGACUGGAGCAGAGACCCAAUUCUAUGACGGGAUUGAUCCCAGUUUAUCCUGGUGAAUCUGCGGCUCCCAUCCGGACGGCCAAAGCCGAGCGCAGGCAUCAAGAUCGGUUACGCAUGCAGAGCCCAGAGCUCACGGUCGCUGUGGACAAAGAGCUGUCACCUGCUGAAAAACGAGCCCUGGAGGCAGAGAAGAGAGCCAUGUGGAGAGCAGCCAGGCCUUAUGGCCUAGAGGAGGACGUAAGGCAGUAUGAGCAAGAUCUGGCUAAGCGGCUCUACCAGUCUCGUGUGAGGGCAUCACUGGGCAGCGCUGCAGCCCCUGCCUCUUCCUCCUGCUCCUCCUCCUCUUCCUGUCAGCCCAGGAUGAAGUCUUUAGAGCAGGACGCUUUAAAGGCUCAGAUGGUCAUUGCCAAGUCUAAAGAGGGGAAGAAGCGAGGAACACUGGAUCAGCUGUCGGAGUCCCCGUCCCCUGCACCCACACCCUCUCCAACUCCAAUGGAAGAUAUCAGUCCACGGACGGUGACAUCACCUGGCAGACUGUCCCUGUCAGAAAAGAAGUUUGACUACCGACAAUUCGCUGCCAUUCCUUCUUCCAAACCCGUUUACGACAUUCAGUCUCCAGGUGCAGGUGAUGAUGUGAACUUCAUGGAUGAGUCCUCCAGUAAUGCAGUGUCUGUUAUUGAUCCAGAAGUUCCAGUGGCCGCCACGUCAGCUCUAGAAGAGAUGGCUCUCUACAGUAACAAACGCAAACUACGACAGGGCCGCCGCAGCCUGGAGGCUCCUGUGCCCACAUAACCACACACUAACAUAUCUGAACUGUGAACGUAAACACACAUAGUGAUCAUCUAAUGCGCUGAAAUACACAGAUAUUAAACCACUCUUUUAUCAGUGCUGACCACACGAGCUGAUGGCCAUCCUUCUCUUCAGAUUUCACUAUGAACGCUCCAGAGGAUGGCUGAUGCAGUUUUUACCCGGUUUUUCUGUCUGACAGCAUUUUAGAAACAGAAUUCUGUUGAGUGGGUUUCUUUCUGAACACUUAAAGCUCCUCUUGAAAGGUUUUUGGCAGAACAGGAGAUUUAGAAUUUGUUACCGUGUUCACGUUUUGGGAGACAACAUACUGCUACCUUCACUGCCCCAUGCAAGCCAGAAUUUCACUUUUGUUGCUUUAAUUCACAAUCAGAAACGCAUUUUUAUUCCUUUUAAAUGUAAUUUAUUAAUGUAAUAUACUUUUUUUAGUCUAUGGGAAUCCCGUACAAACUGAGGCUUUUUGACAUGUGUAAGCUUGUGAUUUUGUGACACAUGUUGAUUUUUGGGAUUGGGAUACAGCUCUUUGCACGCAACCUUUUAAGAUUGAAAACUGAGGCCUUGGCAUACAGCUUUAUCUCCAUUUUAUAUUCAUAUCAGUUUCUAAACACAGGGGAUGCAAAUGAAUGUACUGUUUUUGAAAGGUUGCAUCUGACCUGUUCUAAAUCUUUUCCUAAUGUAUGUGAUCAUGCCAUAUCAUAAACACUGACCUGCUCUAUGGAGUAGAGUCAUUUUAAACCUUUUAACCCAUCCCUAGUCUUCCUUUCACUGGACUUGCAGAGUAAAAUGAAGUACAUAAUGGUUUACCCCUUUGGUGAUUCAGGUCCAUGUUAUAUACAUUGAAUCAUUCCCUUUGCUGACCCGAGUGGAGAGUUUCACUCUUUGACAAACACUGGCCAGACCUCACAUCACAUCAUCUCUCCAUUUUUGGUACCAUUUUGGGAGUCGAGAAAAAUAAAUGGGUUCAUAUUCAAACUCUAUUAGCAUCUACAAGUCUUCAUAUCAUUCUUUCUCUUAUUCUGACAGGUGUGUGAAGGUAGUAGAUGUUCUCGAAUCUGCAUUUUGAAUUCGUUGAACUUGUAAAGCCACUAAAAAGCUUGUUUUGUGAAUAUUGUAUAAAUGCUCAAGAGAUGAAGCAAAAAUCCGAGAUUGAAUCUGAGCCUUUCUGCCCCAAGACCAAACCGGUGUCUGGAGGGUGUAGAUGAUUCUAGCAGGGUCUUGACGGACUGACCCUUGUGUGUGUGUAUAUUGGUUUAUUGCAGUUUUGCCAUUUUUACUGUGCGAGGACUAAAAUGAUAUACUUUUAUUAUUCCUUCAAAUAAACCAUUUUUAUUUGGCCGUUCAGUUGUUCAUCGCCCUGUCUGCCAUCAACACUGUCCAGAUGAACCCGUCAGACAUAUGAAAUGAUCUGCUUUUUAUUUUACUAAUCUAAUUUAGGUGUUUUUGUUGCUCUCGUUGACUGAAAUUCAGUUUUGGUAAAUAACAUUUUGGGAUUGAUCAUCAUUGUUUUGUUUUUUACGGUAGUUUAAGGAGAGAGAAAAAAGUCUGGUUUUACUGUAACCAAUGGGAUUAUGGGAUUCACUACAUUUUUACUGUUUCAAAAGCAGAAGAGUUUGAUCUCUCUUAUUGUUUUCUUGUCUUGGUUUGUUGUCUGGGAGGAUUUUAUUUGUUUGUUUGUUUGUUUUAUUUUGCUAAAUGGGAGGGCGGGACAAGCGGUUUGGGGGAUAGAGCUCAUUCAGGACUGUAACUAGUGAAUUUGUACAACCAAAGAAGUCUAUUUUGUGGUUCAGGAAUAAUAAAGUUUACUUUUCAUUUAA